GGUACAUUCAUUCAGGCAUUCGGCCAUGGCGCUGCUGCGGAAGCUCUUCGCCCGGAAGGCCAUGGAUGGACUGUCGCACGUCUCCGAGCGGGUCUUCGUGUUCAACUCCUGCCUGUCGAUCGGGGCCCUCGACGAGGGUGCGCACAAGGACUACCUGACCAGCACCAUCAUCCAGCUCAAGGCCGGCAACCCGCACGCCUCGCUCAUGGUCGUCAACUUCGCCGCGGCGCCGACCGGAGCCGACGCCGUCCACUCCCUCCUCGGGCACGGCGCCGCCGCCGUCGUCGCCGACUACCCGUCCCGGUACGGCGGCUGCCCGUCGCUGCCCCUCCCGAAGAUCCGCGCGUUCCUCGGCUCGUGCGUGGACUGGCUGGUGUCCGGCCACCAGCGCAACAUCCUGCUCAUGCACUGCGACGGCGACGGCGCGGCGUGGCCUGCCCUCGCGUUCGCCAUGGCCAGCUUGCUGGUGUACAUCGAGGAGGCCGCGCCGGAGCGGACGACGCUGGACGCGGUGUAUGGGAGGGCGCCGGCGGAGCUACUGAGUGCCUGCUCGGUGCUCGACCCGAGGCCGACUCAUCUGAGGUACCUGCAGUAUGUGACGAGGCUCAGGGACAAGGGGGCACUCAUGGGCAUGAAGCAGCAGUCCUUCGUCCUGGACUGCCUGAUACUGAGAGCUGUCCCGGAUUUCGACGGCAGCGGCGGAUGUAGGCCGGUUGUUCGUGUCCACGGCGAGCCGCGUGAGCCAUCGGCCGAUGUUUCUUCGACGGAGGUUCUGUUUAGCACACCAAGGAUCAAGCAACAGUUCAAGAACUAUAAGCAGGCAGAAAGCACGGUGAUCAAGGCUGACAUUGGGUGUCAGAUACAAGGCGAUGUUGUUAUCGAGUGCAUCCAUGUGGGUAAUGAAGGCCACGAGCAGAUCAUGUUCAGCGUCAUGUUCAGCACUUGCUUUCUACAGUCCAACAUGACGUUUUUCACUCUCGAGGACAUUGAUCUGCCAUGGAACUGCAACAAGGAGAAAUUUCAGGAGGACUUCAAGAUUGAGGUGUUCUUCUCAGAAGUGGAGCUGUCAGACACAGAUGAAAGCCAUGACGAGAGUGAGCUUUCCUCCAUAGGGAACGCAGAUGAGUUCUAUGACUUUGACGAGAUACUGAUCGAGGAUCCAGAUUUUGACCAAGAUGAUAGUGAAUCGCACGGUGAAACUUCACGGCAAGAUCACUGUCAGGAGCCAAGCACUAACACAGAGCACAGUGAAACUCGAUCAUCAGAUAGCGCAAGUAACAGUUCAGCAGAAAAAGGAGAGGACGGUGAAACCGGGUCGGCAGACAACGCAAGUAACGGUUCAGAUGACAAGGGAAACAUUAGCACUGACGAUGAGGCCGAGUUUAUCCAUGGAGAUGGAGUUGAUGUUACUGGGGAAACAAGCUAUCUACUGGAAGCUGGAAGCAGCAGUUCUAUGGCACCAAUCGUUCCCACAACAAGACAUGUAAAUGAAGAGAUGGCAACAGAUAUCCAAGAAAACAGAAGUGAUAAAGGACUAAUUCCAAUGCAAGAAGGUGGCCAGAGGGUUACACCCCAGCCCAUGCGGAAAACCAGGCAGAAACAAGCUGCAAUUAUCCCAGCAGUUCCCAUCAUCAGGAAGAAAACGAGGAGACCAGCAGACACCGGAGCAGAUGACAAGAAGCCUGCAACAUCAAAGACGCUGGUUAGAGUAGGCUCGCAGAAGGGAGCACUUGUUGCAGCUUAUAAUUCUUCCAAUAACAGCACAUCUCAAUCAAAGACAGGUCCAUCUCACAAACAACAUGAGGUUCCGAGCAGGCUCAAGCAAGGAUCAGCAGCUCAGGCAAUAAGAGCUUCUUCAAACCUUUCCAAAGAACACCUGAAGCAUAGCUCACAGCAACAAGCAAGUGGCAGUGCCACAAGGCCAGAGGUAAAACAAAUAGUUUUGACCCGGCAAGCAUCUCCAUCCUUUGCACCAAGUCCUCUAGGCCGAGAGCGAAGCCAAGAAGCCGGCGAAUCCAGCGGCGAUCCCAUGGAGAAAGCCAAGAAACCGGUCGUCCAUUCCUCUGAAAAACUGAGGAGUAGUAGAGCGCCAAAACAAGAAUCACCGGUUGUAGAGGCCCCUCGUCGAACAAGCACUCUGAAGAAAUCCAUGUCGUCGCCGGCAAUCUCUGCAGCACCGGCCGUUCCUUCUUCCCCGGGAAAGAUUAGGACUACGACUUCGCUCCCUGGGGUGAAGACAUCUCGUCCUAGCUCAGGGUUUCACAUAGCUUCUUCUUCCUCGCCUCGAGGGCAAAAACACAGCGUGACGCCGCCUUCAUCUCCGGGAAGAUCGCCGCUCGCCGGUCCCAGAUUCAGCAGAGCAGUGCCAGCUUCUCAGCCUGAUAUGCAGCAGGGCGCAUCAGCUCCGACUAGGUUGCCUCGCCGUGCAUCAUUCAGCGAGUUAUCCCGAUCUGUAGCGACCCCUAAAGCGGGAGAUGUACAAGCUGUAUCGCCAAGAGCAUCUAGAGUCAUGCAGAACCAUCGAGAAGGCGUGACAGGCAGUGGCAGAAGCUUGUCCCCUUCAUCACCGAGAUUGACAACACAGCCAUGGCCAAAGACCACGGCAGUAGUUUCCAUGUCCAGCUCCAAAGACAGAAGAAGUGGAACCACACCGGCAAGGCCAACGAGAUUAAGUUCCUAAGUUCUUCUCCAGAAUGUAUUUGUAAAUUGUAAUCUUGUUCGAAUUGAACCUUUGGUAGAAUGGAAAUCAGUGGUCACUAUACUACACUUGUGGGCCCGCAGACUGUUGAAUGUUGAAUUUGGAACAACUUACUCCUCUUGUUGUUCCAUUUCUAAACUACUGCUUAUGAAUUGGCUUGUUUGUUAGCAAGAUAUACGAGACAUGCAGCAGCGCCAGCCAGCCCUUGCAGCAUUGUGCUUUCUUGCUUUCUUCCGACUUGCAACAGUGGCGGCCACCCUUCAGCGUCGCGUGUCCUGGCUUGCAACAGCGGUGACCUUCUCUUGCAGCAGCACUCAAUCUGCUUAGCAAGAACAAUAGCUGGCCCUUGCAGCGUCACACACCCCAGCUUGCAGCAACAAUUGGAUUUCACUAUGAGGAUUCCUUACAACUAUGGUAGUCGGCGCCUAGUAUCGUAGCAACAAAACCGCUAGGUUUGCCUAGCCGUUAGUUGCACGGCCGCGUAUUGCUGACUUUGACGUACUUUCGCAAUAUUAUUUUGCACUGUUGCAACAUAUAAUAAAAAUGAAAAACAACUACGCAACAAGCAUGCUAUGAAAUCACAACAAAAAAUUAAUUAUGCAUCAUUUUUUUACUAGAUUGUAACACAAUAUUCUCUUCAUCUCAAAAUACUCGGCGUAUUAGGUUUCAUUAGGACAAGCAUUUGACGAACGUUUACUCUACAAAUAUAUUUUUUACGUGACAUAAAAUUUGAAGCCAUUAGCUUCUUCUUUCAAAAGUACCUAUUCGUGGUUAUGAUGUUAUAUCAUAGUAGUCACAUAUUGAUAGUCUAAUUGUUGGUCAAAGUGUUGCCCUAACAAAAAACAAUAUACUUUGUAUUGUGAAACAGAGGGAGUAUAUACAAUGCAAAUUUUAGAAGCUUUCUUAUUUUGCAAGACGACAACAA